UGGUGGUCUAGUCGCGGCGGUCGCAAACUUGCGCUUUCCUCCCGCCCGCCGGCCGCAGCCUCCGCCCCCUCCCCACCUCCGCCGCGCCGCACAUGCUCCCCCGCCUCGCCCGCGCGCACCGCCGCGUCCUCCUCCCCACACGUCGCGCCCUCUCCACCUCCACCACCACCACCGUCGCCGUGCCGGCGCCGCUCUCCGCCGCGGAGCUCGAGGCGCUGCUCCGCCGCGACCACUACUCCGCCUCCACCCGCCGCUUCCACUCCCUGCUCCCGCUCCUCUCCCACCCCUCCCUCCUCCUCGCCUCCGCCCUCCUCCUCCGCCACCGCUCCCACCCCUCCCUCCCCCCAUCCACGGACCCCCUUCCUCUCCCCACCGCCGCCGCCGCGCCGCCCUCCCCCUCCUCCCACCUCCGCCUCAUCCUCCCCUCCCGCCUCAAGGGCCGCCCGCUCCCGCUCCCGUCCCUCCCGCUCCGCCUCGCCAUGCUCUCCGCGGCCUCCGCCCUCGACGCCGUCUUCGCCCCGCGCGCAGCCACCUUCGCCUACCGUGCUCGCCACGCCGCCAUCCGCUACCUCCGCUCCAUCCCCAACGCCACCUGGUUCUUCCGCGUCGCCAUCCCGCGCCAGCCCUUUGCCACCCGCCACGUCCGUCGCCUUCUCGACGCCAUCUCCGGCAAGGUCGACGACCCCGGGUUCCUGGACUAUCUGCGCGAGAUGUUCCUCUCCGGUGCGAUAGCCUUCGAGCUCGGCGGCUCUGAGCUCUGCCGCGGGCUCCCGCAGGAGUCGGAGCUCACCAGCACGAUGCUGAACAUAUUCUUUGAUCCUGUGGAUAGAGAGGUGAUGGCCAUCCGGGAGGAGGUGCACAAGAAGAAUCCCAGAGUUAAGGAUGACAGCGUUCGGCAUACGCCUGUGAGAGUGUAUGCCGUCCGGUAUCUCGACGAGACGAUGGUUGUGACCUCCGGGUCGAAGAUGCUCACACUUGAGGUCAGAGAUAGGAUCCUCUCAGUGUUUGAGAGGGAUUUGGAGGUGAAGGUUGACAGGUUUGGUAGCUCAGUUCACAGUGCAGCGUCAGAGAAGAUGGAAUUCCUGGGGAUGGAGUUUCAAGCCGUGCCGCCGUCAGUCUUACACCCUCCCAUGUCUGAGAAGGCGAAGAGGGCAAGGAAGAUGUAUCUGAAAAGGAAAGCAGCGGAGGCGCAGGAGCUGAAGAAUGCCCGGGAGACAUGGAGGAAGAAGCUUGGGUUGAAGAUACUGAACCACUUGUUCAAGAAGGUGAGGCGUGGGCAUGAGUUUGAGUUUGCCUUCCGAAUUGAGGAUGAAGUGCGGCAGGAGUUCAAGGGUUGGGCAGAGGAGACAGUGGUUGAAUACUUCAAGUCGCAGGAGCAUCGCCGUCAUUGGCACCGAUUGUUCACAUCUGGUGACUUCUUGUCACUGAAUAGGGUGAGGGAUCAGUUGCCAUCAACAUUGGUGGACUCCUAUGACCAAUUACAGGAAACACUCGACAGGUUUUUGAUGCCGAGGAGGGGCCAUGACAUAACUGAGGAUGAGGAGAUGCUAGCAGAGGAGGAGGACGAGAGACAAUAUGAGAAUAGGAUUGUUGAGGACUUGACAGAGUUGAAGAUGAGGGUCAAUGCACCAAUAGAGCUUGUAAGAAAGGCGGUAAAGUUGGCCGGGUUCACAAAUUCCAUGGGACGGCCACGGCCAAUAAAGCUACUUAUCUGUCUGGAUGAUGCAGAUAUCAUCAAAUGGUAUGCUGGUGUGGGGAGGAGGUGGCUAGAUUUUUUCUGCUGCUGUCGGAAUUUCAAGAUGGUCAAGAUUGUUGUGAGUUAUCACUUGAGGUUCUCCUGCUUCUUGACAUUGGCGGAGAAGCAUGAGUGCACCAAGAGGCAAGCAAUUAGCCAUUAUACAAAGGAUUUGAAGGUGACAAAUGAAAAUGGAGUGCCUGAAGUGUACUUUCCAACAGAGAAGGAGAUCAAGAUGAUGGGUGAUAAGAAUCUCUCUGAUCCAAAGCCUGUGGAUGGAGCCUUGACAAUGAUCUUGGUCAGGUUGGCGGUCGAUGACACCUCCCUCCCAUGCCUGGCUCAUUUUUGUGCUGGAACAGACACUGCCCUUUACCGGAUACGUCUUUUGCAGAAUCGACUAAAUGUCGAUCCUUUGAAUGAAAAGAAGUGGGUCCAAGGACUAAGUGCCAUUCAUGAGAGUCUGAACAAGAAAUGCCUCCCACUGUGCUCCAUACAUGCAAGCGAUCUACUUCUUGGCAAGAUUACUCUCCGAGAUAUUGAUUGUACUCAGUUUGUUGAUGUGGUGUGAAAAGAAAAAACAACUUGCAUGAUGCCUAGUUCGAAACACAAAGCUCACAUAAAGAUGCAAUACUGCAGUGCUUGCCAAGUGUAUUUAGUGCUGAUUGCAUUUGGCACUGUACAUGUCCUGGAUAUCCAUCCUGUCAGUGGGUAGAGCAAAUACUGAUUAGUUUUUUUACAGAGGAAUGAUGUGGUAUGCUAGUUUUACCAUUGAAUGUGCAAACUAACUUCAUGUCAGUUUUACUCAGGUAUAAAGUUUGCUGGUUGCAGCUCAAUUUGGAGAGUAGUGAGGUCCGUGGCUGCUUUGGGGUGUACUUCCUCGGUUUUUCCUGCCUGGGAAACCAUUUGUGAUUGUGUGCUCCUGCCUUCUGGUGUUGACACCUGACCAAUUAUUUAUCCGUGCUCGUCCUUGCCUACACCCCUCUCACCCUCUGUUUCUUCCAUGUCUACUUUCUGUGAGAAAAUUGUUUUAGCUAGGCUGUUUUCGGUUUUCAGUAGUUUUCUUAUAAAAUGUGACUAUGGAGUAUGAUACACAUGCAAUUCCUUGUGUGGUUUCUUUGCAUGGAGCUCAAUGUAAUAUCAAUACUUUUUGCUGCUGCUCUCAUCAGACAUCUUCACUUCACCUCAAACAUUGCUCCCAGCGCUUGGGCUGUGGAAGAUGCUCCACUCCUGAGAUCUCCGACCAUCUGUUCGUUGAUUGCCCUUUUGUCGACUCGCAACAUUCUCUGAAAACAGGGCUCCAGACCUACAAAUUGGUCAAAGCCCACAUGCUGUUCACCCACAUACCCAGAGGAACAUUCUUAUCUUCCUCUGUUGGCAUGUCUGGUCUAAUCUGCCAUAUUUUUCUUUGUCGGCGACAUCCUUUGGCAUUGUGAUGAAGAUAGUGCCUUGUCUUAUGAAAAAAAAAGAUUUGACGACACUGCUGGCUCUUGGCUAACUGAAGCACGAAGCUUCCUGCUCUCUCUUCUCUCCUGAUUUUUUUUAUGGACAUUGAGUUGUAGGCUUGAGCCGCCCUAUUAUUAUUGGGCCUCUUCUGUCCUCCAUAGAUAUAUCCAGGGGCAUGGUACUGUCAAAUCUGCCUCCGAAGAAAUUAGUGAUGCACUUGCCAAGGAAGGAGAAGAUCUAGAAAUGUUGCGAACAUGUUGGUAACUAGUGUUGAUGCUCAAAUAAUUCCUAAAGUUCAAUAUUAUUCUCCACAAAUGUAUUUAAGUUAAGCUAAUUAAUUUAAUAAACAAGCUUGUUGAGUGGCAAUCCAAAACCUUUUAGGUUUUUUUUUUGUAUUAUGUGUUUAAUAGGAACCCAAAAUCAUCAAUUCUAUAGUUUUAUCGUUGGUUUAACUCUUUGUAUUUUAUACCUUUUUUGUUUACACUUGUAUUUAUACAAUU